AUGGGGAUUUCACCGAUUUCUUCCCCAAACGCAGCCACUUCCAUCAUGUCAGCCUCACCUUUUGGCCUCAAAUUUGCCACUCCUCCCUUUGAUCCAACACUGUUUUUUUUGGCACAACAAAGACUUUCUAUGCCAUCCACCUCUGAUUCCUCACCCGAUUCCUCAGCCUCAUCACCGCAAUCAGUUCCCUCAUUCUCGUGGAUGAUCGGCGGAGGAUCGAGAAGGGAUUCACCAACUCCCGAUGAGACAAAACUGGCGAUCGGGUUAAACAAGUGCAUGUUGCGGAAGCACAAGAGCAAUCGAAAGCCAAGGACUCCUUUUAGUACACAGCAACUUCUGACGUUGGAGCGAAAAUUUCAACAAAAGCAGUACUUGUCGAUCGCGGAACGAGCCGAAUUCAGCGCAUCAUUGGGACUCUCGGAGACACAAGUGAAAAUUUGGUUUCAGAACCGUCGAGCCAAAUCAAAGCGUCUACAAGAGGCUGAGGUAGAGAAAGUGAAAUUCGCACAGGCAUCGGCUCUGGCGGCAGCUGCUGUAGCGCAAGGAGAGAAAGGAUUUCUUUUUGGCUACGCUCCUCAAUGG